CGCUUCCGCCUGGGUCGCGCCGCCGCCGCUGCCGGGCCGCUUCCGCCGCCUCCUCCUCGUCCUCGUCCCCGUCCCACCUCAGUAAAAUGUCUGGAGCUGAUGACUUUUCGUUGGCAGAUGCUUUACCAGAUCAGUCACCUGCUAAAGCCUCCAAAGUGAGCAACACGAAACCCAGUCAGCAACCUGGGCAGCCACCGCAAGGUUGGCCAGCUUCUAAUCCUUGGAACAACCCGAGUGCUCCACCGGCAGGGCCAUCUGGAUUGCCACCAAAUACGUCCGCCUCCAGUGUGCCAUUUGGCCCACCACCAACGGGAAUGUAUCCUUCAAUGCCCCCUGGACCACCUGCUCCGUUUCCUCCUCCUCCUACUGGACCCUCUUGCCCUCCUCCUACUGGUCCAUAUCCACCCCCAGCUGUUCCAGGUCCUGUCCCACCAGGGCAGUAUCCUCCACCAAAUAUGCCCUUUCCAGAGCUUCCAAGACCUUAUGGUGGUCCAACAGAGCCAGCUGCACCUCCUGCUCCUGUUGGGCCAUGGGGAUCCAUGCCCUCUGCAGCAUGGGGACCAACAAUGGGAGGGCAGUAUCCUGCACCUAGCAUGCCAUACCCACCCCCAGGGCCAUAUUCCACUCCUACCCAGACACCAGGGGCUGCACCCACAGUGCCAUGGGGUACUGUCCCACCUGGACCAUGGGGACCUUCACCACCAGGUCCAUUCCCUCCACCCACAGGAUCUUAUCCGGCUCCAGGACUGUACCCGACACCCCCUAAUCCUUUUCAAGUGCCGUCUGCUCCUGCUGGUGCUCCAUCAAUGCCUGGUGGCCCCCAUCCUUACCGUUGAACACAUGCUGGGCAACAAAGUACUGUAGCUUUCCACCUUCAUCUGAUAUUUACAGAGAUUUUUACAACUUUUGUUUCAGUAACGUUUGGGGUCGUGAAGAGCACUCGCCUCUUGUACAUGCAUUUUGAGGUAUGAAGGAGCAACCUGCAUAAAUUUAACGUGCUGGCAUCAUGUUUUGUUUUGUUAAAAUGACUUAAGAUGAGCAAGCAGAAAAAUCGAUCCUGUGGUUCUUGGACAGAUGUUCUUGGGAGGGUGGGGGUGAGGGGGAAAUGGAAGUUGUCAAGUAAGGAUUAUGAAAUCGGGCCCAAAGAUGAACUAAAAUGUUUAAUCUUAAAUUUCAAUGACUGCUUUAAGUGUUAAUGCAAGACUUGUGCUGGUCGUUAAAUGGAUGGAUGUGUCAUGUUGGAAUUUUCAGGUUCAUCCAUAAUGUCAAUAAAAGCAAUGUACUUUGAGAUUUUUUUUUCCCCCCAAGAGGUCUAAUUUAAACAUGCUACAGUAAUUCAGCAAACUAAGGAGGAUCAGAGCAUGUGAAUUUGAAGGUGUUCUCAGCAUUUUGUAUAUACUCAUUCUCUGUCUGAGACUGCAGCAGAGAAGCUAUGUAUUGAAAUACUUGGUCUGACUUGUGCGCACACCUGUUCAUACUCACCAAUAGGCAUUUCUGUGCAAAUCAAGUACCUGGAUGUGCAGUUAAUUAACUUGGAAUGAACAAAUGUGAGGUUUGUGCAUGCAAACAAAGGUAUGAUUUUGCCACUCCAAAUUACGAAGUGGUAGCUGGAAGUUUGGUUUUGUCUGCAUAAGGAUAACUAAUUCCCAUUGGAGUGUCGGUACUUACUUCCCUGUCUUGUAACCUGGGUCGUAAUUAUUUGAGAUUGACUUGGCUGCUGAGUUGUGUACACUCUGCACAUUUUAUUCAUAAUCCCUGGAAACGAGGCCUGAGAUUAAGAGUACAAAUGACAAAAUGGCAAAAAAAUUGCUUCCAGCAUUGCACAUAGUCCUGCUAGAUACACCAGGCCUUGGGCUGCAUCUUCUGCCCUAUUUGGAAAUGAGCUGGUCUUGUCAGAGCUCCAGUGAAUGUGGUAUUGGGGUAGUCCUUUGUUCUGACCUAUGUGUAUAUUAUAUCUCACCAAAUGACCUGAUACAGUUUGGGGUGAGCUGAACGACUAGAUGUCUGUGCUCUGCUGCAGAGCUGCCUUUCACCUGAAUGGAUACUGCAGUCCGUUUUGUCCUCCUGCCAGUUCUCUUGGACAGAACAAACCUUUUUAGCUAUUUUUAGGGGACUAUUGCAACAGUAGUUUUGCAUCACACUGAGACUUGGGCAUUCUUAAAUUCAUGAUGGUACUUGAUGAGCUAGGCUUUGUAACCAUGGAAAAAAUCAUGUUAUCCCAGCUGGGGAAAUCCUAACUCCACCUUGGUAGGUGGAAUUAAAAACUAAGGGAAUUAGUGAUACUGAUGACAGCUCAUUAGGAAAUCCCUUUGUAUUGUAGAUCUGUGAAAACAAGAUAAUUUUCUUUUCCCCUUCCUUGCCAUGGCCUCCUGCAUGCACGUAAUAAACUUUUAAAAAAUAAACUGGGUUGCCUGGUAGUAAGACUUGUUAGGUUGGCUUAACCUCCAUGGCAAUUGCAAAAGCCCUGGCAUCUUUUUCAGGGCAGAGCAGUCUGCUGUGGAGCUGCGGUGGUUCUAGCAUAUUGCCACGAGAUCUGAUAGCCAGGAUGGAUCUGUCUAUAUUAGGAAGAAGAUAGUGGCACUGAACACAAUAAAACAAAGGAUUGUCCCUAACACGUCAACGUAAAUCAUAGCAUUUUUGAGUCCUAGAAAUAAGAACCAGAAACUUUUAUUUUUCUGUAAGAUUUUUCUCUUAAAUUUAGUGUAGGACACUAUCCCUAUAGAAUAGGAAUAAGAAAAAAUUCAAUUCAAGAGUAUAUUUGCCUAGAUUUCCCCACUACUAAUUAAUUCUACAUCUGACUCAAUAAAAUGUGCAUUUGAUGCCUGCACCCUUACUUUUGUAAAUCUAAUGAAAACUUUUUAUUUAAAUGAAUGAAUUCUACUAGUGACACUCCUGUUUGAACUUGCACUGCUCUGGAUCUCUUGAUCAGGGAAUGAAAAGAUGUAGAAAAGGCUCUAGUGAAUAUUGGGGAAUGGAGAUUUCCCAAAGUAGAUUCUUUAGGUUCUUCCUGAAAUAGGCAGGAUUUAUUACUGGAAAGUCUAGGCUAAAAUUCAGAUACGUAUGGGAUGUUUUUUUUUUUGUUUUUUUUUUUUCAAUGUAUAUGCGUAUUUCUUGAAGUCAUGAAAACUGUUUCCUAGCCCCUUUGUUUUGUGAGCAAGGCUCCUUGCAUAGCAGUGAAAGGGUUUACCUGUUAAUCUAUUGUAUAAAAACUCCAGUUGUCCCUAUAUGCCGUGUAGUAACUUUAUCACAUGUUAUGUCAAGUGUGAGCAACUUCUGGCCUGAAGCUUUCGCGAUGGACUUUGUACAUUUCUAUGCAUCAUUUGAGUUAAAUUGCUGAGAAGUUUGUUUUUGACUUGUGCUUUGAGAUCGACAUACUGCAUUUGUUUACAAUAUGAAAUAUAAGCAAUCACAUCUUUAAAGUAUAGAUUAUCACCUGCUGCUGUAUUUUCUUUAGAUGAGACAAAUAUUGCUGUAUGAUAGUGAGAAGCUAUAAAUACAGGAUUUGAUAUUUUUUGAAAAUGCUGUCACUUUUGUAUAAGAUUAGACAUUAAACGUAUUUUCAAAAC